UCCAUUAGAGGCGUUGGUUUUUUCCGCGGUAGGAGCUUUCAGAGAUCUAAACUGAGGCACCGUGUGAGUCCGCUAAAGAUCUCUGAAGGUGAGCGGCAGUAGUUAGUCCCUUAAUGGCUUAGCCAAAACCGCUUGGGUCACCGUCCAAACCGGGAGGUCACCAGUUGUGAGGAGUGGACAAAGAGGCAUGUAGAAGUGUACUGAUUUUUAUUACAGAAAUUUAAAACAGUAGCAGAUUUUUAUGAAACUACCAGGAUGACCAUAUUUUGGAUGUUAAAAUCAGCAGUACUGUUGUUGUUAAGAGCAACAACAGUCAUUCAAGGGAUUGAAUUCGCCGAGGACCAGGUUAAUGGUGAAGAACUGACAUUUGUGGAAAAGAUCUCCCUAUUACAAGGUCAAGGUUCAAGCGAAACCUUUGAUUUAAGAACCAACUUAGGCACCAUCACUGGACUUGUAGAGCCUACGAUCUCUCCGCAUUACGAUAACACCCAUAUGCAUGCUUUCAAGAGCAUCCCUUUUGCCAAACCUCCAGUGGGAAAGCUGCGUUUUGCUGAACCAGUGGAUCUUCUGGAAACUUGGCCUGGUAAACAUCUACUUGCCAUUAAGACAACCUCCAGUUGUCCACUACAUGAUCCAGAAAGUGGAAAGGUCUAUGGGAGCGAAGACUGCCUUCAUCUUAAUAUUUUCACUCCAUCCAAUCUUGGUGAGGAAAACCGAGCAGAGGGCACACUUCUCCCAGUCUUUGUCUAUAUCCAUGGGGGAGCUUUCAUGAGAGGGUCAUCAUCGGCGUAUGGAGCUGCAAAACUCCUUUCUAGGGAUAUUAUUGUAGUCACCAUUAAUUAUCGCCUCGGAGCAUUAGGGUACCUUAGUAUGGGGGAUUCUGUUCUACCUGGUAACUAUGGAAUGCUGGACCAAGUUUCUGCUCUUCGAUGGGUACAGAGGAAUAUAGCUCAGUUUGGAGGGGACCCAAGUCAAGUCACCAUUGGAGGUUUUUCUGCUGGAUCUGCUUCUGUUAACUUUCAUGCGCUUUCUCCUUUGUCUAAAGGUUUGUUUCAUCGUGGAAUCAUGAUGAGUGGCGCAAGUUUCUGUGACUGGGCUUUGAGAAUGGAUCCCGAGGUUGGAGCCAGAAUGCUGGGCAAGAAAUUAGAAUGCCCUUCAGAGACUUCCGAGGAAUUACGAGAAUGUCUAGCUUCAAAGACCAGCGACCAAAUUGUUGCAGCUCAAGGUUCCAUCCAUCUACUUGGCACUUUUCCUGUCUGGUUUGUCCCUGUCAUUGAUGGGGGACUCCGUCCUUCGCCUUUCCUCCCAGCACCCCUAGAAGAAUUGUCCCCUGCUCCAGUGUCUAUGAUUGCUGGUAUCGUCCCAAAUGAAGGUCUACUUUACUCUGUUCAAUCUAUACUACUGGCCAAACAGCCAGCCAACGUAAGUGCGGUCUAUGAGGAAGCAUCGAAGACCUUCUUCACACCUUGGCCCUAUCCAGAAACAGAGGAAGUUAUGAAAGAUUUAGGUGAAGCAUUUCACUUCAGCAAAGAAGCAAGAAUCGAUGGUGGGGUGCUCAUAGAGCAGUUGACAGAGGCAGGGACUGAUCGUCAUUUAGGACACUGCAUCUGGGAUUCAGCUUUGUACCUAGCACAGUCGGGCUCCACAGUUUACACAUAUGUGAUGACGCAUCGAGAACCCGGGACUCCUAUUUUGGCAGCCCCUAUGUAUAAGAAGGUGAAAGCUCUGGGAUAUAAGACACCCCUUUUAGAAACAGGUGUCUCUCACGGAGAUGACGUGAUCCAAGUUUUUGACUUCCCUUUCACUUUCGGAGAAAGUUCAGAGAGAGAUCGAAGAGUUGGACAGAUGCUUCUACAUAUGAUUACAAACUUUGUAGUUAGUGGAAAUCCAAAUGAGAAUCUGGAAAAAUACAACAUAGCAGAUAUUCCGAAAUGGGAACCACUUCAGCCUGACCGCCCUGUUGGUUACUACGAAAUUGCUGUUGAGCCUGCAAUGGUGAAUAGGCCAUUCAGAGAAAAGGAACAGAACUUUUGGAAACACAUUGUACCUCGUCCAAAGUCCAGACUUCAAUCAAGAACGAGGGAAAUUCUUCAGGAAGUAAACCGAAGAUACUCAACAGAAACAUCUGGCACUGGUACUUGUUCUGGAACUUCUUCAGAAUCAUGUUCACCCUAAUGGUCACAUCAUCAUCUGAUCAGUUCUGAUUAAACUUUUCAAAACUUUAUUAAUUUUCCUUGAAGAGAAUCCAUCAAGAUUCUUUCUGUAUAUAAAAAAAUGUUCAUCUUACAAACCCCCUUUUAAAGAGCUUAUACUUUAAAGAGCUUAUUUUCAAAACAUUGGGGAAGGAUCCUGUUGGCACCUUUCUUUUGUAAGUAGCAUGCUUAUUUUCUUUCUAUAAUGAUCUGGAAAAGAAUGGGACACUGAUAUUAUACUUUAAUUGUUAAUAUAAACUGUCACUAAUAGAAUUUUGAUUAGCCAGAAUGAGCAAUGUUGAGUCUGGUCAGCAUUUGCUUGAGUGACAGGUGUAUAACAUCAACAGCAAGGUACAGAUAAUAUCUCUACCAUGAACAUGCAGAUAUUGUCAUGGGGUUGAUGUGAGGAAACUGGUUACAUUUAAGUUGGAUACUACCCACACUAAGAAAACCUGGAAGUUGGUGUUGGGAUUACAUCCCCAGUCAAAAAUGAAUGUGCUGGCUUCAUAUUAGAGUCAGUAAAGAUCUAGCAUAACUUACAGGUUGAUGAAACUUGUGCUAUCACAUUACCUCAUUCUUUCACGACCAAAAGUUAAACAGAAAUGUAAAUAUUACUUUACAGUUAUGCAUGAGGGCAGAUCUGCUUCUUUAUAAGAUUUGACCUGUAUAGGAUAACUUGUACUGUCGGCCAAACAACUGGUGGCAGAGUUUCAUAAUUUUUCGUUCACAUGUCUGACGCACGAUUCAUGCCUUAUUUAUCUAUUUUUUCUUUUAUAAGAUGGAAGAAAUCUUAUGUAAUGACGUUCAAAACAGUCACUGGUAUCUUUAGAACAUCACAUUAUGUUAUUAUGUAAAACUAUUUUCUAUAUAGCAAAACUGACGUGAGCGAAACGAUGUGAUAAAAAAACGUCAUAUCACAACCACUGAUAUAAAUUACCAAAUAGAUAGGAGACACCUAUCACUAGUAGUAUUUUAUAAGCAUAGUCCUUACAUUAUCAUUUCAUUAUUAAGUUGAAGGUAGUUUAACGAUUCCAUUUGUUAAAUUUUACAGAAAACAUUGGAAACUCACAAAAUGCUAUCAAAUUAAAAAAAAAAAAAAUGAUAACCUAACAGUGUGAACCAAUGCAACCUCACUAUUGCUUUUGAUGUUAUGUGCACGGGAAUCUGAUGUCAAUGUGUCAUUUAUUGGUCGAAGAGACAUCCCUCACUGAGGGAGAGCCAAUUAUUGCACUGCAUUUGGUGCAAGUUCCUGUUGGAGAGAUAUUAAGAAAGCUUGCUAUACCGGAGAGAAUCAUACAUAGAUGAAUCAAAUUGUUUAGAGAAUGGCAAAGUUUAGAACAUGGGCCUAGAAGUGGAACUCCUCGAAGCACCACAAGAGAGCAAGACAAUAUAGUGUAAAUGUUGCUGAGCAACAUUCAUUUGUGAAUUUUGAAUUCUAGGCCUCGUCACGAUAUUGCUAAACCAGGAAUCAUGACUAGCUCUACGCCUAUGACUGGUGUCUGAUGAAUACUUUAGAUGGAGAGGAAGAGAUUUUUAGAAAUACACUUGAAAUCUUUGAUAGGUGUCUAAUGAAUAAGUCUAAUGAAUAAGCACUUACCUUUGAUGGAUGAGAUAUUCAGUUAGGCUUACUCUUCUUGUUUUGGUUUUUAUCGGUGGCCAGUGAAUACCACGGAUAGGGAGGGAAACAGAUUCAAUGAUGCAUGCAUUUUUUUUCUUCAAAACCUAAAGAAUACAUUUUAUUGGGAGAUAUUUAAGUAACAUUGGCCUAUUCCCUCCAUCACUCCUAUAAGCCACCUCCGCUCUCUUUCACAUCCCAGGUGACUCGAUCCGACUUCUCGCUACGAACUCCAUCACCUGAGAGCAUCACUAAUGAUAACGGUUAUUUUAAAAUUCCCCGCACCGACAACGGAAACCUUAAAAUGCAUGUUUAUAAAAUAUUUCCUGUUCAGAGUUACUUUAUCUUUCAUUCCCCAAAAUAUUUGCAUACACUCGUGUUACACCCUGUAUGAUUGUUGUAGCUGUCAAAGAGAAACCCCUGAUUAAAGCAGUAGGUUUUUCUAUAAAAAAAA